UCAUCCAGGAGAUUCUGCAUUUGCCCGACACCAGGUUAUAGCAUAGGGUGACUCCGGUUUUUAAAUAAAGGCUGGUGCAUCCCGGGGGUUGUAGGCCAGAAGAGGCGCAGACUCUAGCGAAUGGACUACUGCCGCACACGCUAUUGGGACCGUUCGCUUAUCCCGCGCCAAUGAAGCUAGCACUCGGCGCAAACUGGGUUCCGUACGCUCGGUAAUAUUUGGUCGGCAUGCUUGUGGGAGUAAGGUUAGGAUGUGGAUGCGACUUUUGUUGGCGGUGCUGGUAGCUGGACGAGCUGUUCAGAGUGUCGUCAGUGUCAAGUAUGUGGUCGUGGAGACGAAGCAAGGGAAGAUUAAAGGGGUGCGAGAGGAUAACGACUAUGGCUUAGAUCAAGUAACAACACAAGUUGACAGUUAUCUGGGCGUGCCGUAUGGGAAAGCUGAAAGAUUCGAGCGGGCCAAGUAUCAUCCCUUCUGGUUCGAUGUCAAGGACGCUUUAGAGCCUGGACCAAUGUGCCCUCAAGACCCUGACCCCCUAUACGUACCGGUGAGGAGCCCACCGUCCCUGAAUAUGAGCGAAGAAUGUCUUUAUCUAAACAUCUUCGCGCCGUAUCAGGGAAGCGGAGCCAAUUACCCGGUCAUGAUGUACAUCCAUGGUGGAAGUUACGUCGACGGUUCGGGGGCAAAUUACGAUGGGUCAGUCCUCGCCCAAUACGGCGUCGUCGUUGUCACCAUAAACUACAGGUUGGGACUUUUAGGUUUCCUAAGCUCUGGCAGCGAUGCCCUACCAGGGAACUACGGCUUCACGGACCAGGUCCUCGCCCUCCAGUGGAUACAGGAAAACAUAGAGGUGUUCGGCGGUGACCCGAAUAAGGUGACCAUCUUCGGGAACAGUGCUGGCGGAUGGUUCGUCGGGCUUCAUCUUCUGACGCAACAAUCAAAAGGUCUAUUUCACGGUGCAAUUAUCCAAAGUGCCCCGAUACUCCCUGUGAGAUUCAACCGCAGCGUCAACACUGCCGCCCAGUCCAGCUCAACCUUCAAGGAAGCCUCGACCCUGCUUGGUUGCGACCAUGACAGUGCCGAAGACCGUAUAAUGUGCAUCAAGGAAAAGUCAUGGGAGAUCAUAGUUGACCAAACCAACAUGAUGUGGUAUGAGGUGCGGCCAACAAUAGAUGGAGAUAUCAUUAAGAAAUCUCUCGAGAACUUGCUCGAGGCUGGUAAGGUGAAUCGAGUACCGGUUAUCAUCGGACUGACCAAACAUGAAGAGAUGAGAUUUCUUGCUGCAAUGGAACUAAUGGGAGAUAAAUCUGUGAAAAACCGCGACUCAUUUAGGAAGAUUCUGACAGAUUCUGUUUACAAGUGGAACCACAGAGUCAACGUACCGGAGCAGGUUCUAGACGUUAUUGAGUUUGAGUAUCUCGAUUGGGCUAAUCCAGAUGAUCCAAUAAGAAUUAGGGAGGGACUGGAACAGGCCCUAACAGAUAAGAGAAUGGUAGUGCCUACACUUCGCACGGCUACCCUUCUCAGCGCAGCGAACAUCCCGACCUACCUCUACCAAGUACACCAUCCUAUCUCCAUGAACCUCAAGAACCAGCCUUGGAAGUGGUGGCCCUGGCUGGGAAACUAUACCUACCACGAAUCUGACCUUGCGUUGGUGUUUGGCUUACCCUUCACGGGGAAGGCACUGGUACGAGUCUGGCACAAAGGCGCAUACAUGAAUGAAGACAGGGUCCUCAGCAAACACAUGAUGGAGUUGUGGACGCAGUUUGCGAAGGAAGGAAAACCAAUGACAACGAGCGUAAUGAAAGCCCAAGGGGUUGGCAAUUGGGAAAAAUAUCACCCAAAACAUGGGAACUAUAUCUACCUUUGUUACAAUAACCUGACUAUGGCACGGAAACUUCGGGCAAAGAGUGUCAGAUUCUGGGAGAAUCUAGUACCUGCCUUGCAAAAGAAGAUGGGCUUGCUUCAAGACGCGGAGGCUACGAGAUCUCAGUUGAGGGUAUAUUCAGCAGUGUUGUGGUUCCUCGUAGGAGUGUGUGGCCUACUGGUUACUGCCGUUAUCAUACUAGCUGUUAAACUUUCGCAGGCUAAGGGUGUCCGUCAAGGUGAGAGUUUGUGAGCGCUCCUCUAGCGAGAGUGGUCGAAUAGCGUCCAUGUUGGCAAUAUGGCUUGAGUAACUCUUACGUAUUAAGCAGACAUCUCUGAUGUAUUUCAUCCGCUUGUCCCGUUUUCAUCAACUCUAUUGCAUAAUUGCCGAAGCUACUUUUGUCACAACUGGUUAAAACCGUUAUGGCUAUGAUAUUUUUUAAUUAAAAGCGAGCAAGAGUCAUAUUUGACUCAAUUAUCUAUAUUACAUAUACUUGUCAGUGAUUACAUUUUACAUUUUGAGUACCAGUGUUAAACAUACGUGACGCUUUUUCAUUUUUUCUCUCCGUUGUAUAAGGCGUAAAAAAUAAAUUAUUGUAUUGACACAAA